CAAGAAGGAAAUAAAAACACACAGAAACCGAAAAAAAACACCAUUUUAGUUUUCUCUCAGCUCAAUAUCAAUUUGCCUUGGCUUGUCCUUGUCUGGGGUUUCGUAAUCUUCUUCAAUCGCUUUCAAAGAUCAUUUUUCAAUUGAAGCAAUGGGAAGCCAUAUGAGCAAGAAGAUCCCUGAAACAUCAUCAACUGUUAGCAUCAGUACCGAUAUGCACUAUCGAACAGAAUUGAGUUCCUAUGAGGCUGCUUGCAAGCUCGAUGCUGAUUUGCAGUCAUUCGACAACAUCCUUCAAGCUCGAACGAAUCAGGUCAUCAAUACUCUCGCAACUGGCGUUGAAGUUCGAGCUCUUUCAUUCGAUUCGCUCAAACAAGUCACAGAAUGUCUUCUGGAGAUGAAUCAGGAAGUUGUGAAGGUAAUCUUGGACUGCAAGAAAGAUAUAUGGAAGAGCCAAGAAUUGUUUGAGCUUGUUGAGGAAUACUUUGAGAAUAGUUUGCAGACUUUGGAUUUCUGCACUGCAUUGGAGAAGUGUCUGAAGAGAGCAAGGGAUAGCCAAUUGCUUAUCCUUGUGGCCCUUCAGCAGUUUGAGGAGGAAACAGAAUCCGGGGAUAACCGGUACACGAGGACUUUGCAGGAGCUGAAGAAUUUCAAAGCAGCUGGUGACCCUUUCACUGAAGAAUUCUUCCAAAUCUUUCAAUCUGUUUACAAGCAGCAGAUACUAAUGCUUGAGAAGUUGCAAUUCAGGAAGAACAAGCUUGAUAAGAAGCUGAAAUACAUCCAUUCUUGGAGGAAGGUGUCUUGUCUGAUAUUUGUGGCUACAUUUGCUACUGUCUUGAUCUGCUCAGUCGUGGCAGCGGCCAUUGCUGCUCCUCCGGUUGCGGCCGCAGUGGCUGCUGCUACCUCUAUCCCAAUUGGUUCAAUGGGGAAGUGGAUUGACUCCCUUUGGAGGAACUAUGAGAAUGCAUUGAAAGGGCAGAAGGAAGUGAUUAGCUCGAUGCAGGCCGGUACCUAUGUUGCUAUAAAGGAUUUGGACAACAUCCGGAUUCUCAUUGACCGGCUUGAAAUUGAGAUCGAAUCUCUAUUGCACAAUGUGGAUUUUGCUAUAGAAGAAGAAGCCGUGAAGGUUGCCAUAGUGGAGAUCAAGAAGAAGCUGGGAGUGUUCAUGAAGAAUGUUGAAGAUUUAGGAGUUCAAGCCGAUAUGUGUAGCCGCGACAUUAGGAGAGCAAGAACUGUGGUUCUGCAAAGAAUCAUAAAGCAUCCAAACAACUGAAGAACAAUCUCUUAAUUAUACCUCGCCAAUCAAGUAACUGAUACAGUUUGUUGGAGAUUAAAUUAUGUGUUCCUUAUGUUAGUUUCUUGAUCUUUAGUCAUCUUGGAUCCAAGAACAUUUGGAUUCAUGUUAAAGCUAAUAAUUGGACUAUACUAUGUUGUUCAUUCUGCUUGUCUAGGCAGCUGAAAUUUUUUAUUCUUUUCAUACAAUAGUGU